AUGGCGUCGAGUCGAAGAGGGUCUUGGAAAGUAUUUUCUGUGCUGGCGUUAUUCAUCUGCUGCUUUAGAUUUUUGGCGGGUAAACAAGUUAUCUUGCUAGAUACAACUUAUGAGAGCGCACUUGAUUGGACGAAAUAUCCUUAUGGUCCCCAAGCAAGAACUCCCGGGUGGGUGGAGGAAAGCUUCACGAAUUUUGAGCAAGGGAUCAAUUGGAGGUCAUUUGUGGUUUGUGAUGUCGCCUACACAAACGUUAACAACUGGUUAUGGACACCUUUUAUCGAACGUGGCGACGCCAGUCGGAUGUAUAUUGAAAUAAAAUUCAGUAUGCGGGAUUGUAAUCUCUUUCCAGGCAUGGCUUUAUCAUGUAAGGAAACCUUCUCCUUACUCUACUACGAGUUUGAUGCUGCAACAAAGGAACCUCCACCCUGGGAGCCCGAAUCUUACAAACUCGUCGAUCGAAUUGCAGCCGAUGAGGGGCGCUUCAUGUCAUCCAAUGAAGUCAUCAUAAACACCGAAAUUCGAAGUAUUCCAGUUACCAAAAGAGGUGUUUAUUUUGCUUUCCGCGACCAGGGGGCGUGCUUGUCCUUAAUCGCCAUUAAAGUUUAUUAUGUCAUUUGCCCCAACAUGACUAGAAAUUUCGCCUUCUUUCCGGAUACAUCCACAAGUGAACAAGUAACAGAGAUAGUUGAAGUGGAGGGACAGUGUGUUCCUAACGCCGAAGUAGUGGAACCUCCGAAGAUGCUUUGUAAAGGAGACGGAAAUUGGACGCUUCUUGCUGGUGGCUGCAAUUGCAUGCCGGGAUAUGAAGCUGUCGGCCAGACUUGUGAAGUAUGUCCAAAAGAAACUUUCAAGUCCACAGUCGGAGACGAGAAGUGCACUCCUUGUCCACCACACAGCAGCGCUCCCUAUAAAGGAUCAAUUGAAUGUCACUGUGAGGAAAAUUAUUACAGAGCAUCGAAAGAUCCUAAACACUUGUCAUGUACUCAACCGCCUUCUGCGCCUCAAAAUCUGACCGUUAAUUUCGUAGACCAGUCUACUGUCAUAUUAUCCUGGCAGGCUCCGAAACUCCUUGGUGGACGAACAGAUACAAACUAUAGGGUAGUGUGUGAUGCCUGUGGCAAUGCUGUUUCUUAUGUUCCAGCUCAACAAGAAUUCAACGAUACAAAAAUCACAAUUUCAGGGCUAAACCCCGUAACAACGUACAAAUUCCUGAUAUAUGCAGAAAAUGGUGUAUCGAGUUUUAGUGACACCCACUAUGUAGACGUAACGGUUACGACUGAGGCCUCAGUGCCAUCUGUUGUAACCAAUGUGCGAAUCCUGUCAGCUAAAAGUUCUGAAAUUGUGUUGGCUUGGGAUCCUCCAGAAGAUCCUCUCACAGUCAUAGAAAUGUAUGAGGUGCGAUACUUCCCUCGAGGCAAUAUAAAAAAUUCAUCUGCCAUCUUGACAAAGGAAAAAAAGACUGAGUUCACUAAUUUAAAACAAAGAAUAGAAUAUGGAUUCCAGGUCAGAGCCAAGACAACCCAUGGGUGGGGAGAAUUCAGUAAGACCAUUUUUAAAUCAACUGAUCAGACUAUUGUUGACAGUACUGCUUAUGUAGAAAAUGAAGAUAAAGUUCAAGUUCGAAUCAUUGCUGGUGCAACUGUUGCUGUGGUUGUUCUUAUUGUUGUUGUCAUCGUUAUGAUCAUUCUCUACAUCAGAAGAAGUUCAGAGGAAUGCAAUAAAAAACAACCAAGUGACUGCGACACUUUAGAGUAUCGAAAUGGGGAAGGUAAUAAGUGUAAAGUAAUGCCUUCCUUGGAUCAUCCUCCUAUUGUUCCUACUGCCCUGAUUACCACACCACUCUUUACCCAUUGUGGAACAACAAGAAGCUAUAUUGACCCUCACACAUAUGAAGAUCCUAACCAAGCAGUAAGGGAAUUUGCCAAGGAAAUAGAUGCCCUUCACAUAACUAUUGAAGCUAUAAUUGGUGGAGGUGAGUUUGGGGAUGUGUGUAAAGGUAAGCUUAAAGCCCCAGGCCGACCUGAGAUUACAGUGGCUAUCAAAACCCUUAAACCAGGCUCUCCUGACAAGGCUCGAAUGGACUUCCUCACUGAGGCCAGCAUCAUGGGACAGUUUGACCAUCCCAACGUUAUCUACCUUCAGGGUGUUGUUACAAAAAGUAACCCAGUUAUGAUCAUCACCGAGUAUAUGGAGAAUGGAUCUCUGGAUACUUUUUUACGAGCAAAUGAUGGGAAGUUCCAGGUUAUUCAGUUGGUUGGAAUGUUGCGAGGAAUUGCAGCAGGAAUGCAGUACCUAUCGGAGAUGAGCUAUGUCCACAGGGAUCUUGCUGCUCGUAAUGUUUUAGUCAAUUCAAGCUUGGUGUGUAAGAUUGCCGACUUUGGUCUUUCCAGAGAAAUUGAAAGUGCAACAGAAGGAGCAUACACUACAAGAGGUGGAAAGAUUCCAGUUAGGUGGACAGCCCCUGAGGCUAUUGCCUUUAGAAAGUUUACUUCGGCUAGUGAUGUCUGGAGUUUUGGAAUUGUCUCUUGGGAAGUUUUAUCUUACGGAGAGCGACCAUACUGGAACUGGCCUAAUCAGGAUGUUAUCAAGAGUAUUGAAAAAGGCUACAGACUUCCUCCACCAAUGGAUUGUCCAGAAGCUGUGUAUCAACUUAUGUUAGAUUGUUGGCAGAAAGAUCGAUCCCACAGACUAACUUUUGCAACCAUUGUGAAAACCCUUGACAAACUGCUCAAAUGUCCUGAAAGCCUUCGGAAAAUUGCACAAAACAGGCAAAAUCCACUUGAUCCCAAUGCCCCAGAUCUGACUCAGUACAAGACUGUAGAAGAGUGGCUAAGCAGCAUCAAGAUGAUGAGGUAUCAUGAAAACUUCCAACGGGCAGGAAUCACUUCAAUGAAGUCAGUAGCACAGUUAACCCUUGCUGACAUCACUUCUCUUGGUGUGACCCUUGUAGGCCAUCAGAAAAAGAUGAUUAGUAGCAUUCAGACACUUAGGGUUCAACUGAAUGCCAACAUGUCAGAAGGGCUAUUGGUGUAGAAGGACUGAAAUUAAGCAGUGCAAGUGCUUGUGUUUGUUUAUUUCUGGACUUAAUAGCACUUGGGAUUUUUGCAUCCCCACACUGCCAGUAUUUGCCAAGAGGCCAAGCUGGGUGUGUGGGUACCUACAAAAACUGAAAUAACUGUGAUGCAGAGGAAUUGUGUUCAGGAUUCCAUCUACUUAUGCUGUAGCUAGAAGAUCAUGUGCUCUCACAUGAAAGGAAGUUUGAUGUUUGCGAGAAACUCAGAGAAAUAGCUGUGGAGACUUGAUGGUAUCAUAAAGAAAAAGUUCCUUCUGGUAUAAGUAGGAUGAAAAAGUUGUCAGCAUUCUAGGACAGUCACGAGUUUGGAAACGUCUGUGUUUACUAUCGUGCCGUGUUACAAAACUGAAACAACUUGUGGAGGGAGAAAGCAUUACAGCUCAAGUAUGUUGAAAAACAAAUGCUACUAAUUGAUUUUCUCAACUUAAAAGUUAUAUAAAAUCUAGACAUAUCACUGUUUUACAUGCAGUAUGAACAUUCAACAUGACCAUAUCAGCUGUUUAAGUGGUAAGAUAUGUAUAUCAGGUACUUUAAUCCACUGCUGCUUUUAAUAGUUUGUACUAACACAGUUAAGGGUUGCCAUUUACUAAGAGAAAUUUACACCAUUAUUUUAAAUAACAGUGGUGGUUCGGGAAAGUUUUAUGAACCCCAUUGUAAAAAAAGUAAUAUAUAAACAAAGAAUUACAUCAGAAUUGAUAUUAAUAUUCUUCCCAAAUUAACAAAACCAAAAUUACACUACUAAAUAGUCCUAGAAAUCAUUUUUAAAAGGUCUUGGAUAGUUUCAGUUCAGUAGUGAUAAUGUCAGUAUUUCUUAAUCCUGUAAACUUAUUGAUUGGUUGUUAAAUGAAUCAACUGGUGCUUAUUGGAUUGUAUGGUCACGUUUAUAUUCUGCACUUCUGUUCAUAUGCAUCUUUAGUUACUUCCAUGGCAAGGCUUCAAGAAUACGGUUGAAGUUGCCAGCAUAAAAUUUAAAAUGUUAAUUUUUUCAAAGUAAGAUUUUUAAACAAAUUUGUUUUGUUAUAUAUUAUGCAUGUAAAAAGAGUUUUAGUUGACCACAUGUUUGGAUCAUGAAUUAUUUUUAUUUCUCUUAAAUGUUUAAGAUGAUAAAUUUACAUUUUAAAAUUUUAUGAAAAACUAAAAUGCUUAAAUUGUUUCUGUGUGAUAUUGUAGUAUAUUAUAGGCUUCAUUAAAUCUCAACAGUAGUAGUUGUUCUGGCAAGUCUUUUCUUCUGUAAUCUUGAAUUUUGUAAAAAAAAAAACAACAACAACAUUUUCUUGUUUGCUGAUAAAGUGCAAGACAAAGAAACCACAAAAUUAAGAUAAUCAGCAAAUCUUGGGUAGAAACAGAUGUUUCAAAAUGGCUGUGGUUAAUUUAUUGUAUGAGUCUCUUGGUUGAAUAUGGUUAAAAGUUUGUGAAGUAGAGUGAUAAACAUUGUAAAAUAUUUCUUGUAAAAAAAAUAUUGUAAGUUAAUGUUACUGCCACAAUACACAAAUUUAAGCAUUUUUUUUUAUUUAACAUGUACACGUUCUUCUUGUGACAUUAUUAUUAAUAUCAUUAAUAUAUGGGUUGCAAAGUUAAUUGGCAUAAGGUUACAAUUACACAUUUAAUAUACUAACUUCAGUGUGUGUGGCAUGUAGUGGGCUAGUCAUUGCUUGUUUUUUCUUCUGUUUUUACAUUAGGGUUAUGGCUAAAGUAAUAUUACAGUAACAGUUCAAUCCUUUCAAAGCUAAUCACUUAAUUAUUUGAAACAAAAUGAUAGGAUUAUUGCUUGUAUGCUAGUGUAACAUCCCUAGUAUGAGUGUUUAAUUUCAUUUGCUUCUUUGAAAGCACACAUGUACAUCUGCAGUAGUAUCUAUUACAUAAUGUAGUGAAACUUAAGUAAUAACAUCACAAAUGACCAAAAACAAAAGUUAAAAAGCUCUGAUUUUUGUAAAAAAAAUUCUGUUAAUUUUGUUUGAUUUGUUAU